AUGGCAUCGACCUUCUUGCUUCCUCUUGGUGUCGUCCUCUACACGCUCGUCGGUGGCAUCAAAGCAACUUUCCUCACCGACUACAUCCAUACCUUUGCUGUUCUCAUUCUCAGCUGCUGGCUGACUGCGAAGGUGAUAACAUCGGAAUCGGUCGGUUCAAUCGGACAUCUCUACGAUCUCGUCGUCGCCGCCCAGUCUAGCCACGUUAUUGAAGGCAACUAUGACGGCUCCCUUCUUACCAUGACUUCUCAACAGGGCAUCUAA